AUGCUCCAGUCGUUCACGCUUUCGGCCUCCCCGCAGCAAAAUGGGAUUGCUGAGCACCGCAUUGGCUUAGUCAUGGAGGUGGCUCGUACCUCCAUGAUCCAUGCGGCUGCUCCCCAUUUUCUGUGGCCGUUUGCGGUCCGGUACGCUGCACAUCAGCUCAACCUCUGGCCCCGUGUCUCCUUGCCGGAGACCUCGCCUACACUGCGUUGGACGGGGGAGGUUGGCGAUGCGUCGGUGUUCCGGGACGUCACGUUUGACGAGUCGGUUCCCUUUUACCGUCUCUUCCCCUACCGCACUGCCCCUCUCCCCCCCCCGCCGCUCUUCCUCGCUCCAGGUCCCCCUCCGGUAGACCCCCUCCCCCCUCAGGGUCCUGCUCCUUCAGGUGUCUCUCAGGUAGACCCACUCCCCUUGGCUGAGCCGUUCGAGGUCACGUCCGACACCUCUAGCCUAGCUGAGGGGGGUGACGCUGCUGCUAACGAUGCGGCGCCCCCCCGCUGCUCACCACGCUUGGAGAACCCUCCGGGUUUUCCACCUCGACCGUCUUCGCCGCCUCUGCAGCCGGUUUCUGUCAACUCUGGUGCUGCUGGGGAUGGUGCUGCUAGGGGUGCUGAGUCUGGGGGUGCUGAGCUUGUGGUUGCGGAGCCUAGGGGUGCGGAGCCUGGGGGUGCUGAGUCUGGGGGUGCUGAGCCUGAGGGUGCGGAGCCUGGGGACGCUGAGACUAGGGGUGUCAAGUCUGAGGCCGGCCAGAGCCUCUCUCACCACAGCAGCUGCGCGAGUGGUUUGCUCGGCGCACCCGCCUUCGGAGUGGCGCUGCUGGAGCUGGAGGCCCUGCCGCUGGAGGCGCUGGCGCUAGAGGCACUCAUGCUAGAGGCGCUGGAGCUGGAGGUUCUGGAGCUGGAGGGACAGGAGCUGGAGGCACUGGAGCUAGAGGCGCUGGAGCUGGAGGCGCUAGAGCUGGAGGCGCUGGAGCUGGAGCUGGAGGCGCUGGAGCUGGAGGUGCUGGAGCUGGAGGUGCUGGAGCUGGAGGCGCUGGAGCUGGAGGCGCUAGAGCUGGAGACACUGAAGCUGGAGGCACUGAAGCUGGAGGCACUCGAGCUGCAGGCGCUGGAGCUGGUGUUGCUGGUGCUGGAGGCCCUGGAGCUGGAGGCGCUGGAGCUGGUGUUGCUGGUGCUGGAGGCCCUGGAGCUGGAAGUACUGGUCCUCGAGGCAAUAACCCUACUGGUUCGUGCUGCUAGCCCUACUGUCAAACGUCUUCUAGCCACUGUUGUCACUGACCCUUCGUUUGAGUCCACUGCUGCGUCUGCCUUAGUUGCUGAGCUUGUGGACUUUGCUGCUGCGUGUCGUCUAGACUACGCCACUAGUCUUGUUGCUGGGUCUGAGUCUGUCUGUCCUCCGUCCGUCGGGGGUGAGUGUGCUCUUGGCACGGACGUCUUUGAGGACAGGCAGAACGACUUUGAGUGUCUUGCGGCUACUGUACCUCAUCUCGUGGCCAUGCUGCUUGCACCUGAGGGAGACCCGGAUGCACUGGACAUCCCGACCCUGCGCUCUUACGCAGAGGCGAUUACGGGUCCCUACUCCUCUCAGUGGCAGACAGCCAUGGACGCAGAGAUGGCAUCCUGGAAGUCCAUAGGCACUUACGUCGACGCAGUUCCCCCUCCUUGGGCGAACAUAGUCGAUGGCAUGUGGAUUUUCAGGGUGAAGCGACCGCCGGGUUCUCCGCCUGUCUUCAAGGCUCGUUAUGUUGCACGAGGCUUCAGUCAGCGGCAGGGAGUUGACUUCUUCCAGACCUUCUCCCCUACCCCAAAGAUGACCACUCUUUGGGUGCUGCUGCACGUUGCCGCUCAACGUGACUACGAGCUUCACUCUCUUGACUUCAGCACAGCUUUCUUGCAGGGCAGCCUGCACAAGGAGAUCUGGCUGCGCCGCCCACCUGGCUUCACUGGGUCGUUUCCUGCAGGUACCCAGUGGAGCCUCCGGCGGCCAGUCUACGGUCUCCGUCAGGCGCCUCGUGAGUGGCACGACACACUGAGGACAACACUUGCGGCUCUUGGGUUUGCUCCUUCGACUGCUGACCCGUCGCUGUUUCUGCGCAUCGACACUUCGCUGCCGCCGUUCUACAUCCUCGUGUAUGUCGACGACUUGGUUUUUGCCACUGCUGACACUGAGGCACUGGCCCUUGUGAAGUCGGAGCUGCAGAAGAGAUACACGUGCACAGACCUGGGUGAGCUGCGCAGCUAUCUUGGCUUGCAGAUCACCCGGGACAGAGCACGGCGCACCAUCACCCUUACUCAGUCACACAUGGUGCAGCAGGUCCUUUUGCGCUUUGGCUUCUAG